AUGAAACACUCUUUAUAUUUCGUAUCCUCCAAAUAGUAAUCCUUUUGGAAUAGAAACUUAAGUGCUUUGGUCAAUUACGAUUUUCAUUAAUUGUCUGAAGAUCAAAAGACCAUCGUGUUGUUUAAACAAGGUCAAAUACUCAAGAUAAUAACUCCUCGGAGAUACAAGAUUUAUAGACAACACUUAUUCUAUUUUCGAAAGAGUGGUGAAAUUGGGGGUUUUCUCCUUCUGAAAAAUGUUUAUUUUUCUUUUCGAAGCAAAGAUAAUACUUUUCUCAUUACUCUAUCACAUGAUUUUUAGUAAAUAGUGCUACAAUCAGGAAAUAAAACCGAGGAAGUUGACAAUUUUAUUCUUGAGUUAAAACAGAAUUGCAUUUAAGAAUCAAUCCCUGCAUCUUUCUAAAUUCCAAGAUAAAAAAUCGGAGAGGGCAUAACUUCAGAAGUGUUUGUGAUAAAUCAUCAAAAUAAUUAAAAAUUUGCAAUUAAAAAAGUGGUAAAGGCUCCUUUGGGACACAAAAUGAGAGAAAAACAGGCCAAGAGUUUGGCUGAAGAAAUAUUUAUAAUGAGAAGUCUAGACAAUCCCAACAUCCCAAAAUUGCAUGAAGUUUAUGAAAACGAUGAUUCUGUAGAAUUAAUAAUGACUUAUUACGAAGGAGGUCAUCUAUAUGAAAAACUAUAGAAUUUUUCACUUUAAUAGAAAUAAUAAUUAGUAAGAGAUAUUCUAGAAACUAUGAAUUAUGUCCAUUCAUAAUAAAUAAUGCAUCGAGAUUUAAAACCAUAAAAUAUCAUGUACAAAGACAAAGAUCCUUUCAGCAUUGAUAUAGCAAUAAUUGAUUUUGGAUUUUCUACAAACUAUAAAUAUUAAGAACAUGUAUUAUAUAAUUGUGGAACUCCUGGCUAUGCAGCACCCGAAGUCUAGGAAUAUAAGGAAAAACAAAAAAUGUAUACUACUUAAUGCGAUGUUUACAGUUUGGGAAUCAUAAUAUAUGAAAUAUUCUAUGGGGUACAUCCUUUCAAAUCAUCUAACUCAGGUAGUCUUAGUUUCAACGAUAAAAUCAAAUUGCCUUAAUCAUUAAAAAAUCUUCUAAUCUAAAUGACUCGAAUUUAACCUAAAUACAGAUUCACAUUAAAGGAGUGUCUAGAAUAAGACUUCUUUAAAGAGAAUCUAGAUUCUAAUUACUUGGAUGAUUUAUUAAAAUUCAGUUUGGUUGAUUCUAUCUAUUAGAAAUCUAAUAAUAUUUCAAGAAAAAAUUCUUUUGAUCCUUCAAUCAAAUUAGAAAGAUUAAAUAAACACGAAUCUGUUAAAAACAAAACUAUAAAUUCAACAGUUGCUGAAUCAAAAAAUCUACUUGGUAAAAGUUUUGGACCAAUCGAGUAGUAAUUACAAGAUGAUUUACAGUUUAGUGAGAAUCACAAUUGUCCUAAUGAUUUCAACAAUUUUCUUUAAAAAAGAAUAUGA